CUGUCCGCUGCUGCCGCUGCUGCCGCUGCUGCUUCACGUCACUCUCGUUUCCCUUUCUGCAAAAACCACUGAGAACCUCGUCCGCUCUCCAUGCAGACCGGGGGUGGACGGACUCUCCGUGCGCAUCUUUGUGCUGAGAUGUGGAAGACGUCCACGUGUUUCUGGAGAUGCUGCUUCCUACGGUGGAUUCCCUUUCACUGAACGGUUAGAGGCAGUUAGGCUUUAGGAUGCGGUCGGUGAAGAAGACAGUGUUGCUGGCCAUUCUGGCCUCCGUGGUCCUGGUCCUGGCCCUCCUGCACUCGUGGCCCACUCGAGCCUACACCACGGUGGACGUGUGGCAGCGGACAGGUCUGUUAGUAGACAAGCGUCUGGAGGAGAGGCUUCCAGAAGUGGACCACCAGUUAGAGAACAUUCCCUUCCAUGUGAGGGACAACGUGGCCAGUUUGUUGGCACGUAACAGCUGUGUCUGUGAGGGUGAGAGUGCAGGAGUCAACCUGCCGUUCGCCCAGAUCCUAUUCCCUCGGGUGUCGGCACAACACCUGCACACGGCCUUUCAGGCUACACAGCUGGAUGAAAUAAAGAGGAGACGGGCCAAAGAGUACCAGAGUUUCCUGAAGAGGUCUCAGACGCCGUCAGAUGUUCUUCUUGUGGCAGAAGCUAACAGUCCUUUACAGUAUCCCACACAAGGGGUGGAGGUGAGGCCCCUGAAAACCAUCGUCAUUCCAGGCUUGGCUCUGAGAGACGUCCCCCGAGACCUUCACUCAAUAAACAUCACUGCUGCUCUGGGGACGCUGAACGUGGCAGCGCAGGUGGACGGGGUGAGAAUCAAAGGCGACGGUGAGAUGCACAUGAGUCUGUCCAGCCGCCUGCUGCCCAACCUGAACCGCCAGCUGCAGUUUGUCACCUACUCCAACACGCUGUUCCACCCCAGCACGGCGGACACAGUGCAGAUUGAGACAGAAGGACAUCGAGCCGUCUUCACCAUCAAGAUCCGUCACGGUGUAACACCUAAACUCUACAACACUGGAGCCAACGGAGACUACAAUAUCACUGCUCUGGUUACAAUAGCUACCAAGACGUUCCUGCGUUACGACAAGCUCCAAGAUCUGAUCGACAGCAUCAGAAGGUUCUAUCCCACAGUCACCAUCAUCAUCGCUGAUGACAGUCAAAAUCCAAGAUCCAUCUCCGGGCCUCACAUCGAACACUACAUUAUGCCUUUUGGAAAGGGCUGGUUUGCUGGAAGAAACCUGGCCAUUUCCCAAGUGACCACAAAGUAUGUGCUGUGGGUGGACGACGACUUCAUCUUCACCGCCAACACCAAGCUGGAGAAACUUGUGGACAUUUUGGAAAGAACCACUCUGGAUCUGGUUGGCGGUGCAGUGCAGGAGGUCACUGGCUACACGUCCACCUACAGACAGACCAUCUCCAUUGAACCAGGGGAGGAGGACGGUGACUGUUUACACAUGAGGAGGGGCUUUCACCACGUCAUCCAAGGGUUCCCCAACUGUGUGGUCACCGACGGGGUCAUUAACUUCUUUCUGGCCCGAACUGACAAAGUCCAACAGGUUGGGUUUGACCCACGUCUGGCCAGGGUUGCUCACAUGGAAUUCUUCAUCGAUGGCCUGGGGACACUGCACGUGGGCUCAUGCGACGACGUCAUCAUCAGUCACGCAUCCAAAAUCAAACUUCCUUGGGUGAGCCAAUCGGAGAGCGACAAGACUUACGCCAAGUUCCGCUACUCGCCCGAUUCUUCUGAUGUCACGCAAUCAAAAAUUGGCCUCCUGUUCUUCAAGAACCGAUUCCAGUGUUGGACUCACAAUUAGCGGCUGGUCUGUACUGCGUCCCUCCGUUCUUCCCCGGGCAUUUCCAGACUUGCCAAAGAAGUUCUCCUCCACCGCAUUCCAUCAGAUGAAGUUUCUGGAAGGAUGUUUCUGUUUGCCUUUCAUGGAAAGCCUUUAUAAACAUUCCCACCUCAUAAAACAGGAGUAAAUAAUUCCUUCUUAUAAUGAUCACAUCCGGAAUGAUGUUGGCAAAGAGGUUUCUCCUCAAAGAUUUUUUUCCCCUCUCUGUUUUUUUUUCAUAAGAGGUCUCAAGAGAUUGACUCCGAGUCAAAUGACAAUGGCUUUUAUGGAUAUAACCUCCCCGCCCCCACCGCCACCCCCCCUCGUGCCGUCCGGUUGGUGUUCUGCCAGGAAGGACAGAGUUUCACAUUCCCCAGUUGUUCUAAAAUGAAGAGUGUUUAUGUGAAACUCGGCAGGUUUACAUUUGUGCUGCCGUCUGAUGUGAGAGGGAGUUUGUGUCCAACUUCAAUUUGCACUAAAGAACUGAGACCGGGCCGACGGAGACGUGACUCUGAGGACAAACACUGACCUUUACUACAUGGGAGAGUGACGAUCAGUGUCACGUGUGACACUGCGGUUCUUUGCAGUGUUUUGUAGUGUAAAAAUCACACCUGAAGGAUGGAACUGGAACUGUGGGAGUCUGUCUCAGUGUUACCUGAAGGGGGUGCAGCAGUGUUUUACCCUCAGUGCUGCAGGCUGAUCAAUAAGAACUGCAUGUCUAGAGUGGACUGAAGAAAAACGAUGAACCAAAGUGCACGUUGAAUUUCUCAAUUAACUCCAAGUGGGAAAAGUAGCGUAGAGUCAGAAGCGGGGGGUGGGGGAGUG